AUUGAAAUCGUGAGUGAAGGUUGCGGAGCUUUUGAAUGGCAGUGCUAUUGCACUAACAAAUGUAAUUAUUAAGUUUAACAUAAAACUAACAUGUCAGACCCAGGUCAUAGCAUCAAUGUGAUUUUUGGGGGUCAAAAGUAUUUGGUCCCUUUACCAUUGAAUAGCGAUGCAACAUUACUGGACUUAAUGAAGUCAAUAGACUCUAUUUUACACAUUCCAUUUGAUAAACAAAGAAUAAUAUACAAAGGAAGAUCUCUUACUGAUCCUGAUGCAUUAAUUUCUUCAUCCGGUCUCACUCCUGGGUCUAGAGUUAUGAUUCUUGGUUCAGUUGAUAAACUUAAUCCAGAUGAGGCCGUAAAACUUGUCAAGGCAAAAGACACGUCUGAUGCAGUCGAUUUACAACUAAAAGACCUCUCAAACAAACUAGAUACUAUUUUAUCUCAAAGUAAUUCUGAUAGUUUAGAGGUAACUGCACACGUAAAGUCUACAAUUGACAUUAUGGAGCAGUGCAUGCGUACUCUUGAGCUUCUGGACUCUGUUCGGUUGCCAUACAAUUGCGAAAGUGAACGCGCUUGUCGUAAGAGGCUAGUAGACACAAUACAAUUUUCCCUUUUAUCUCUUUAUUUCUUGAUUCGUUCUUUCGAAAUAUUUUUCAGGAGUUUCUUGUACAGGCGGACAAGUUGAGAGCUGAAUUUUUAAAGCUUAUCAAAACAUAACACUGAUAUCUUCUGUGUUAAUACUUCUGUAACAUAGUGUUUACUACAGUACUACUUUUGUCAGUAACUUAAAAAAUAACAUUACAGUUUGUUAUACUUGU